CCCCACCCUCCUAAUAAAUAAGAUAUCUCUCUCAGAGCAACAAACCCACAAAUAGUUUUCAAGAAAAAAAUAAAUAAAUAUAAAAAAAACCCACCAUUAGUUGUCUCCAUAAAUACACUCAACAAAGCCUUUCUAUCUCUCAUGUAUCUAUAUGAUCUCUCUCUACUUGGGCAAAUUAUGAUCUUAUAGGUUUCUCUUUAGCUAGAAACUAAUCCCAUCACCAUUUUUCUCUCCCCAAUUAAAAAAAAAAAAGAAAAAAAAGAAAAAAGAAAGAGAAAAAUUCUAUAUCUUCAGCUAAACAAGCAUAUAUACUAAUUCUCACCAGCUUUUGAAAAAGCUAGCUCUAGAUGGGCCUUCCUCAAUCUUCAACCUCUCCUCAUCUUUACUCUCAAGCACUCCAACUUAAACUAUACCAGGCCUUCAUUUUCUCAAUUCCUAUCCUUUUUUCCAUCAUUCUCUUCCUGUUGUUUUACUUGUUCUAUCUCAAGAGGAGGGCUUCAACUCUUUCAACCUCUCCAUCCAUACUUGCAAGAAGAUCUGAUAUUCAUCAAGAUGCACCCUAUGUUUCUUCUCCUUGUCAGGUGGGUUUGAAGGGGGAGCUGAAAGAUAAGCUACCAAUAGUUUUGUUUGAUGAAGAAUUAAGGAAGAGGGAUUCACAAUGCUGUGUGUGCUUGGGAGACUUCGAAAUCAAAGAGGAGUUACUUCAGAUCCCAUCUUGCAAACACGUGUUUCACAUUGAUUGCAUUCACCAUUGGCUGCAAUCCAACACAAGCUGUCCACUAUGUAGAUGCUCAGUCAUCCCUACCGCCACGAAACUCGCCAAUCCUGUACCGCCACCUAGCGAAUCCGAGCCUAGGCCUGAACCAAUCAUCCAGCCAAACGUUGCCGUUUCUAACCAGAGUCAACAGGUUGUACCACAGGAACAGCAGCAGCAGGUUACUUCCCCUUCAAGUAUGGAAGGAAUAUCACCAUCAAGUCCCAUGAGAAGCACAAUUCCAAGGGACUGUGGUAGCUCAUCCUGGUUUUCAUCUAUCUGUAGGGGGAAUAAUGAGAUGGGGAAUUAUCCAGAACAAGAAUCAGUUAUCAUCCACAUCCAAACACAUAAUUCCUGAGGCAAAAAAUAAAAAAAUCAUGAUUUCUUCAUUUUCAAGUUCAAAUAACAAGGCAGGCAUGCAUAAGAUGGAUCCUAUAUAUGCCUGUUGGCAAACCCAUUCUUCAGCCAUGUAGGCUUCUGUUUUUGUUUCCCCGGUGAGUUGUCCAAUAGUACUGGAGCAGUUUUGUAGAUCACUUAUGAUCAGGAAGUAAUAUGAUCUCUAUAUCAGAUAAAAAAUAGUUUGUUAUUUUGGAAAUCUUAACCAACUAAUUUGUCUUUAAUCUUCGAGAAAGUCUUUAUAUACAAUUUUUGUACAAGUAAGAUAAUGCAACAAGACAACAUAUUGUCAUUUAUUUA